AGCGAGAGCAUCAUCUUCCCUCUCUGCCUUUUGCCCACACAUCCAUAUACAUACCGGUCUCACCUCUUCUCCAGAGAACUGGGGAGGUGACACAACAAGAGUCCGAUUUCUUUUAUUGCUUGCUUUCCUCCCUCCCCUCCCCUCCCACACACCCAUUUAAGGAUCCAAUAUUAUCGUGACCCCCCUCUUUUUUUGGCGAGGAAGGAGGAGAGAGAGAGAGAGAGGGAUUUCUGCAGCAAGCGGUGGCUGCUGCUUGAAAUGUGGCGUGCCCAGAAAACCUCAGCAGCCCUCCUGCCGGCUCGGACGCCAGGUAAUAUUGAUCCUGCUUAGCUCCCCUGCCCAGGGCUUCAAAAACAACCACCCUCCAGAAAAGCAAAGGAGGAGGGCAGGGCGGGGAAGAGAAUGGUCCAUCCCCAAACCGCAGGCGAUGGGAAGGCGCGGAGAUGCCGGUAGGCGCGCGGAAGACAACCAGCCCAACUGAGUGUGAUCCGCGACUGCUUGGCGUCAGGGAGCCACCGUCCCAGCCAAAGGGAGUCCGUGGCGGCGGCGGCUGGGAAAUCCCGCCUGGCAAGUUUUCUUGACGGCUGAGCGGAGGCGGGGAGCUGUCCAGCGUUUCAGCACCUUCCAGCCGCGGACCGGAGAAGGCGCCUCGGCGAGGGGACCUUCCCACCACCAAGGAAGGAAAUUAUUCUGGCUCCCGGGCGCUGCCUGUCCCUCAUGGGCAGCCGGGAGGACGGGCAUUCGGCGAGGGGGGCGAAGAUGUCGCUGCGCCCCAGGAGGCUGUUGCAGUUGUGGGGUUGGCGGCCAGUAAACGGGAUGGUGCUGCAAGGCUGAAAGAGAAGUGAGACGCAAGAAGGCAGCCAGGUGGGCGCCACCAGGCUGGGCAAUUCCCCCCUCCCUCCACACACAUACACACACACACACGGAUUUUACGCACACUGAGCCUCAGCCAGGGAAAGUUUGCCUGCCGGGCGCUCCUCGCCUUGAUCGCAAGCCCUUCGCCUUCCGAACUCGACGGUGUCCCUCGGCCUCUGCUGCUGCUCAGAGGGAGCCUGGCUCGGCUCGGGACGCCCUCUCACUCAGGUGGAUGCGAUUUCUUCAGUCUUGGCAGCGCCUAGUAGCCUGGACCCUCCUUCCCCUUGGGGCCUCAGGCAUUGCCCAUUAGCCUGGAGGAGGAAGAGAAGCUGAAGCCCCCUGCCUCUCCCGGAGGCCAGGACAAGGGGUUCCAGCACCAGCCAUGGGCAGCAGUGAAAUGAGGGGCUUCUUCCUUUGGAAAUUUAGCCUGGUCUUCCCUCUGCUGACAGCGUGUCCGGCGGGCUGCAGCCACGUCUCCAGCAAUCAAGUUGUAUUGCUUGAUACAACCUCUGCAAUUGGAGAGCUAGGAUGGAAAACCUAUCCUCUAAAUGGGUGGGAUGCUAUAACAGAAAUGGAUGAAUAUAAUCGCCCCAUCCACACUUACCAGGUAUGUAAUGUUAUGGAACCCAACCAGAACAACUGGCUUCGUACAAAUUGGAUCUCCCGUGAUGCAGCUCAGAAAAUUUAUGUGGAAAUGAAGUUUACACUGAGGGACUGCAACAGCAUUCCAUGGGUACUGGGAACAUGCAAGGAAACAUUUAACCUCUACUACCUGGAAUCAGACGAAUCCCAUGGAAUUAAAUUCAAGCCAAACCAGUACAGUAAAAUUGAUACUAUUGCAGCUGAUGAGAGUUUUACUCAGAUGGAUUUGGGUGAUCGCAUCCUUAAACUGAACACAGAAGUUCGUGAGGUGGGACCAAUAAACAGGAAAGGAUUUUUUCUUGCUUUUCAAGACAUUGGUGCGUGCAUUGCUUUGGUCUCUGUCCGUGUUUACUACAAAAAGUGUCCUUUCACUGUUCGGAAUUUGGCUAUGUUUCCUGACACUAUUCCAAGGGUUGAUUCUUCAUCUUUAGUGGAAGUACGAGGUUCCUGUGUGAAGAGUGCUGAGGAGCGGGACACUCCAAAAUUAUAUUGUGGAGCAGAUGGGGAUUGGCUUGUGCCUCUAGGACGAUGCAUCUGCAGUGUUGGGUAUGAAGAAGUGGAUGGUUCCUGUCACGCUUGUAGGUCAGGAUUCUACAAAGCAUUUGCUGGAAAUAUAAAGUGUUCAAAAUGCCCUCCACACAGCCAAACCUUUGUGGAAGCAACAUCUGUGUGUCAGUGUGAAAAGGGUUACUUUCGAGCUGAGAAGGAUCCAGCAACUAUGGCAUGUACCCGGCCUCCUUCUGCUCCACGGAACGUAAUUUUUAACAUAAAUGAAACAGCUCUCAUGUUGGAAUGGAGCCCACCAAGUGACACAGGAGGAAGAAAAGACCUCACAUAUAGUGUCAUUUGCAAGAAAUGUGGAUCUGAUGCCAGCCAGUGUGAGAUAUGUGGAGGAGGCAUCCGAUUCAUUCCAAGACAUACUGGGCUAAUCAAUUCCUCAGUAACUGUGCUUGAUUUUGUGUCUCAUGUGAACUACACUUUUGAAAUAGAAGCCAUGAAUGGAGUCUCUGAAUUAAGUUUUUCACCCAAGCAGUUCACAGCUAUCACAAUCACUACAGAUCAAGAUGCACCCUCCUUGAUAGGUAUGGUCAGGAAGGACUGGGCUUCCCAAAACAGCAUUGCCCUCUCAUGGCAAGACCCUGAUUUUCCUAAUGGAGCCAUUCUGGACUACGAGAUCAAGUACUAUGAGAAAGUCUACCCACGGAUAGCGCCUGCCUUUUGGCACUACCUGCGGGUAGAAGAGCAGGAGCAGCUCAGCUACUCCUCCACAAGGUCAAAGGCUCCAAGUGUUAUCGUCACAGGCCUCAAACCGGCCACCAAGUACAUAUUUCAUAUCAGAGCCAGGACUGCAACAGGAUACAGCGGCUAUAGCCAGAAGUUUGAAUUUGAAACUGGAGACGAAACUUCAGAUAUGGCAGCAGAACAGGGGCAGAUUCUUGUCAUUGCCACAGCGGCUGUUGGAGGAUUCACGCUCCUAGUCAUCCUCACUCUGUUCUUCCUCAUUACUGGAAGGUGCCAGUGGUAUAUAAAGGCAAAAAUGAAGUCUGAAGAAAAACGAAGAGCUCAUUUGCAAAAUGGACAUUUGCGAUUCCCAGGAACUAAAACAUACAUUGAUCCAGACACCUAUGAAGACCCAUCACUUGCUGUUCAUGAGUUUGCUAAGGAGAUAGAUCCAUCACGAAUUCGUAUUGAGAGAGUAAUUGGGGCAGGUGAAUUUGGAGAAGUAUGCAGUGGUCGCCUGAAAACGCCUGGGAAAAGGGAGAUUCCAGUGGCCAUUAAAACUUUGAAAGGUGGAUAUGUGGACAGACAGAGAAGAGAUUUUCUACGAGAAGCUAGUAUAAUGGGGCAGUUUGACCACCCAAAUAUUAUCCGCCUUGAAGGAGUUGUUACAAAAAGAUCCUUCCCGACCAUUGGGGUGCAGUCUCUUUGCCCAAGAUUCCUGAGGGAAGGAUUUUUAAAUAACAUUCCAGCCCCACAUCCUCUGUCAGGGGGAGGAUCUUUGCCCCCCAGGAUUUCUUCUGGCAGACCAGUAAUGAUUGUGGUUGAAUACAUGGAGAAUGGAUCCCUUGACUCCUUUCUACGGAAGCAUGAUGGCCACUUCACAGUUAUCCAGCUAGUUGGCAUGCUACGUGGAAUUGCUUCUGGCAUGAAAUACCUCUCAGAUAUGGGCUACGUACAUAGAGACUUGGCAGCUCGGAAUAUUUUGGUCAACAGUAAUCUCAUGUGUAAAGUCUCUGAUUUUGGAUUAUCGCGGGUAUUAGAGGAUGACCCUGAAGCAGCUUAUACAACAAGUGGUGGAAAAAUUCCCAUAAGAUGGACAGCCCCUGAAGCAAUAGCCUACAGGAAGUUCUCUUCCGCAAGUGACACAUGGAGUUAUGGGAUUGUCAUGUGGGAAGUAAUGUCAUAUGGAGAGAGGCCAUAUUGGGAGAUGUCUAACCAGGAUGUCAUCCUAUCCAUAGAAGAAGGCUACAGGCUUCCAGCUCCCAUGGGCUGCCCAGCUUCUCUCCACCAACUAAUGCUUCAUUGCUGGCAAAAGGAGAGAAACCACCGGCCAAAGUUCACCGACAUUGUCAGCUUCCUAGACAAAUUGAUACGCAACCCCAGCUCUCUUCAUACCCUAGUGGAGGAUGUACUUGUAAUGCCAGAUUCACCUGGUGAAGUUCCCGAAUACCCUUUCUUUGUAUCAGUCAGUGAUUGGCUGGACUCAAUAAAAAUGGGCCAAUACAAAAAUAACUUCAUGGCAGCAGGGUAUACAACUAUGGAUCUUGUUUCAAGAAUGAGCAUUGAUGAAAUUAGAAGAAUUGGUGUUGUACUUAUUGGACACCAGAGACGAAUAGUGAGCAGUUUACAGACUUUGCGAUUACACAUGAUGCACAUACAGGAGAAAGGAUUUCAUGUAUGAAAGUUCUAGAAGCAACUGUGUUUUGUGCCUCAGCAUUUCUAAAAUGGAAGAUACUCUCAAUCCUUCUUUCUGCUCUUCCCAGCUUCAAGAACUGAAACUUCCUAUUCAUACUAUAAACACAUAAUGUUUAUGUUAAUACUUCCAACUUGAAAUUUUUAAUCACAUUGCAUAGUUCCUCCCUCAAUAAACUGCCAAUAACAUCCUGGCCCACUGCAAGACUGUUGCUGCUCAACGGUGAAUAGCUCAGCAUGGAUGUAUAACUUUGUAUAACAGUAAAGUAUUUGGAAAAUUUUCAUUGACUUCUGUGAAAGUUAAAGCCUUCUAGGCUUGGAGUGGCUACCUUCUUGAUGUGUUAGAGUUUGAUGAUAGGUUUUUUUUUCUAAAAAAAAGUAAUUGACAUUUCUUUUCAUGUUUUGUGACCAUUAGCUUCCAAUAUACAAUGUGCAAUCGAGAAAAAAGAGUUUGACAUAAAUAUUUAUUUUAUGAUAAUGGGAAAUCCCA